AAAUUAAAGAAAAACUAAAGAAUUCUUUACAAUAUUCACAAUUUUCUUCACCACCACAAUCACCACAAUUACUAUUAUUACCAAUCACAGAAGAAAUAGAUAAUAAAAAUGCAUUUGAUGAUGAAGAUUUAGAAGAAUUCAAUCAAUUUGGUCAAGAAAAACUUUACGAAAAUUUGUGUCAAUAUUGGAAUUUUCAAGAUCCUAAUAUUCUUUUGGCUACUUUGUUAGAUUCACGUACAAAAAGACUUAAAGAUGUAUCUAUUCAAGUUAAAUUGCAAACAGAGGAAUUAUUGCAUGAUAAAGUUGAAGAAUUAAAGCUAGAAACUUUAUCUUUGCCAAAUUUGACCUCUCCUGAUUCUACAGAUUCCACACCAACAAAAAUUAAAUACAAAAAUUCAAUUUUUACUAAAUUUCAAAAAUCUCAAUCGAAAGUUGUAAAUUAUGAAACGUUUUACCUUCAGUUGAACAAUAAUGGUCUGACUAUAUUAAGCCACAAAGAUAAGCAUUAUACAUUAUCAACUUAUAAUAAAACUAUGUAA